CCGGACGACAACGGCUACAACCUGUGGGAAGAUAGGCUGUAUCAGCCGAGUAGCAGCAAGGGCUGGAUGCGAACCCGGGUGCUAGGAUACAGCCCGCCAAUCAACAAAUCUCUGUGGGGGUGGGACUGGCCAAUCAAAGGGUCCCUGCUAGAAGGCGGAGCCUGCCAACGAAAGGCUGUCCCUGUGAAGAGGCAGAAACCACGAAUCUACUAAGCAGGGGGUGGGGAUAUACUGCGCUUGCAGCUCAGCAUCCAUUUCUUCAGGUCCUUCAUUUCCCCUGGGACUGCAAAAUUAAAAUACCCAGGGCCCCGGACCAUAGCAGAGGAGAAUUAACACAGGGAGGUGAACCUGGGAGGCUGCCUGGCAGAGGUGGUGCCAGCUGCCCGUGGGUGGAGCCUCGUAGCCCAGCCCUGUAGCCCCGCCCCUGCCCUGUCGCUCAACUGGGCUCUAGCCAGCGCGCAGCAUCCAGCGCUGCGGGCUCCGGGCUAUGGACGCCCCGGGUGCUCCGGCCCCAGCCGCCGCCCCCAGCUCGGCGAGGAAGGAGCUGAAGAUAGUGAUCGUAGGUGACGGCGGCUGCGGCAAGACGUCCCUGCUAAUGGUGUAUUGCCAAGGCUCAUUUCCCGAGCACUAUGCCCCGUCGGUGUUUGAGAAGUACACAGCUAGUGUGACAGUGGGCAACAAGGAGGUGACCCUGAAUCUCUACGACACGGCUGGGCAGGAAGACUAUGAUCGGCUGCGGCCCCUGUCCUACCAGAACACACACCUCGUUCUCAUCUGCUAUGAUGUCAUGAACCCCACCAGUUACGACAACGUCCUCAUUAAGUGGUUCCCUGAAGUCACACAUUUCUGCCGAGGGAUCCCCACAGUGCUCAUCGGCUGCAAGACAGACCUGAGGAAGGACAAGGAGCAGUUGCGGAAGCUCCGGGCAGCCCAGCUGGAGCCCAUUACCUACACGCAGGGCCUGAAUGCCUGUGAACAGAUGCGAGGAGCACUCUAUCUGGAAUGCUCUGCCAAGUUUCGGGAGAACGUGGAAGACGUCUUCAGGGAAGCCGCCAAGGUGGCCCUCAGCGCCCUGAAGAAAGCGCAGAGGCAGAAAAAACAUAGGAUCUGCCUGCUGCUGUGACCCUGGGGACAGAGGGCCUGAGGGGACUAUCAUGGCCAGGGACCCAGGCCCAGGCUCCUCUUACAGUGUCUGACAUCUGGGAUUAGACUCUCAGAACAUUCUGGAAUGGCCCCUUUGGGUUCAGGCUGUAGUGCACUGGUGAAUGAGGGUGCCAGACCCACCAAUGUUCUUCUACCCCAGGACUGGCACUUGUCCCAGGCCAGAGAAGGGCCCUUGUCUCAGCCCCUCUUUGCCCCAAGCCAUGCGUGUCUCCCUUUCCAAACCCAACUCAUGCCUGAAACUCAGAACUGGCACCGAAAAUUGUGGGUAAACACGGAUACGCGACGCUGUUCACGAGAGUCCCAAGCCCACUGUUUCUGUCACGGGCUCCCUGAGCUCCUGAGAUAGGCCCAGCUACAUCCUCCAGCCCCUUCCUGCUUCCCCUCAGGAACUUGGGGACCACAGCCUAUCAGGAGAACACAGGCAUCAAGCCGGACAUGGGGCUGGCACCAGCCUCUCCCUUCCUACCACACUGAGGACUUCUGGCUCAGGCUUGGUCACAGCUUGGGACACGUUCAGAGGGAGAAGAAACAAUCUCUUGAAACAUCAAAAUAUACUCGGGCCAGCCAGGCCACCCACCUGAUCCCUGAUCCAGGUCUGGCCUCCAGCCCCAGCCAACUUCCACUGGAAACUCCUAAUGGCCAGGCUCAUCCCACCUUUAGGGGCCUCAGGCAAAUGGGCUCUCUCCCUAGACUAUGGCCCACCUGAAAAUGGCCAGGACUGUGUCAUUAGAUAGUCAAGCUCCUCAACGGCUCAAUUUCUGCCUCUGUUGGACGUGGAGCUCAGGAGUGGCCUACCUCUGCCUCAUUCCAAAACUGACAUGGCCACCCCUGCCCACCCUGGACAGUUUCUCUAGCCUGCUGACCACCAGUGUCUCCGACAGCAAAAUUCUUGAGUCCUGACACUCCUUCUGGACCGUCUAGAGUCUGCCUUUUAGAGCUGUUCAAGCCCGGUAUACCAGCUAAGUUUAGCGAAGGCACCGUCUGAGAAGAAACCAUGGCCUUGACUUGGCCCCCAGAGUCAGUGUGCCAAGGAGAGAGACUUCUCGUCCCCUUCCCCAAAUGCUCCAAGGCCCUGUUCUCCCCUGAGGACCCAACCAAGGACCUCUUGUUCUUUCAGAAUCCAAGGCCUUGUGGACAGAUCAUGGGAUACCGCAGCGGUCAGCAAACCACAGCCUGUGGGCCACGUGUGACCACUCCCUAUUUUUGUAAAUAAAGUUUUAUUGAACAGCCA